UUAAUUCUUAAAAAACAUUCCCAGGAAUUUUUUCCCAGCCAAAUUCCCUAAACUUUGCGGGAACGAUUUUUUGUGCCCGAGAUUUUGCGGGCAAGAAAAAGUAUUCUUGAGAAAUCUCGGGAAAGAAUACUCAUUUUCUAUUCGUUGUUGAGAAGGAAGUAUGACGUAAAAAUGUAACAUUUUAUUUAUUUUAUGAUAAUCUAAAAGCAUCAAAUCGCAUCUGUGUUUGCAUUAUAAAGUUUUUCUAAGUUUUUAACUUACCUUUUUUCUCCUUAACUUUCUCUAAAACGUAUAAUCUAAAAUGUCUGAUCAAAUAAGCAGAAACACUGGUGGCGGUCCUUCCAACAACGAUUCCGCAGAUAAAAGCCUUGAUAGAACCAAAACUACACCUGGUCAAAUUAGGGCUAUGAUUGGUGUCUUUGAGAGUGACCAAGACCUUUUUAAGAUAUAUCUUGGUGGACAAAAGUCGUCCGCUCCUUCAGCUGGUAGUCAGAUAAAAAAAAGAGAGAUCAUUGAGAGAUUGUUUCAGCAACUUCUGGCAGAUAGAGUAAUUCCGUCUUCCUGGAAUUUCAAAUCGGUUGGAAAACGUUUUGAACGCCAACCCGCAAAGUAUCGCAAUAUACAAAGAGAUAUGAGCUCUACCGGUUUUGGCUUGACUACAGAUAGCAUUAAACGUGGACUGAUCUCCAUCGAGAUCAAGUGUAAACAUUUGUGUAUUCGAUUUUCUCGUUUGGCUGCUCUGCAUGGUGUUAGACCAAACAUAACUCCUUAUUGUGUGGCUUUCCAUGGAGCCCCUGGUGGUACCGAGUAUACAUACUCCAACAGAGUAAGGCCAUCAUUAGCUGCAAUUGAGGCACAAAAUUUUGCAGUUUUUGGUGGUCAACAAGAGGCGAUUGAAGAGGUCAGUCGAUUGUUGGUUGGAAUUGAUGCGGCUGAAUCUUCAACAAGAUCAUCUGCUUCUCUUUCCUCUGGUGCUCCUUUGGCGGCUGAUAAUCCUUUGGCUGCUGAUGUUCCUUUGGCUGCUGGUGCUGCUUUGGCUGCUCGUUCUCCGUUGGCUGCUGGUGCUUCUCUUUUCUCUGGUGCUCCUUUGGCUGCUAGGUCUUUGUCUGCUGCACCUGUGUCUACUGAGCGUUCUUCCUCGUUCCGUUUUUCUUCUGUUGGGCCAUUCUCAAACGAAACUCUCUCUUUCCCUCGUCCUGCUUUAGAAGUACCAGCUACCAAUGUUGCUUCUUCUCCUCUAUCGGUUCCAUCUAAUACCCCGCCAUCAAGUCGCAAACCAUUAUUUGAAUCAUCAUUAGAGAAUGGUUUGUUGGAUUUCUUUUUUUUUAAUGAUGCUGGGUCGUAUCAUGCUGUGGACCAUGACAGCGAUGUCAACAGUGGUAGUGCUGCUCGUGCUGGUGGUGGUGUUAGUGCUGGUGUUGCUGGUGGUGUUGCUGGUAUUGCUGGUGUUGCUGGUGGUGUUGCUGGUGGUGUUGCUGGUGGUGUUGCUGGUGGUGCUGCUGGUGGUGCUCGUGUUGCUGGUGGUGCUAGUGCUGGUACUGGUGCUGGUACUGGUGCUGGUGGUGCUCCUGUUGCUGGUGUUCGUAGCGGUGCUGGUGUUGGUGUUGGUGUUGGUGUUGGUGUUGGUGUUGGUGUUGGUGUUGGUAUUGGUGUUGGUGGUCGUGCACGUGCUCGUGGUCGUGGUCGUGGAGGUGUUAGUCGCGCUGGUACCGUUCAGCCUGAAAUGCCAACGGCUGAUCGCAUCCGUGUUGAUCCCGAUCACGCCAUGAGAAACAAGAGGAUCAAAAAAGACUUUUCUUCUGAGUAUCGCGAGGCUCAGUUGAGAAGGGACGAAGUAUUGAGCGAAAAUAGUCAGAGGGAGUUCGAUUUGGGUAUGUCCCAAUUGCUUGUUACUUGUCUGACAACGAACGCCUUCAAUACAUCGUCAUUUACGGAAAUUACCAGACAUCUGGCUGAUUUUCGUAGAUCUCUGAGGGAUCUUGUCGAUGAUGUUGAUGUAUAUGAUGAUACAGAGUAUCUUUACAAUCUUGAUAGUGAUGAAGAUGAGCACGACGACGGUAAUCCUUCAACAGAUGUAAAUUAA